ACGUCCUCCCCAAUUAAGGUGCCAUCAACCUCCUGUGGAAGACACACAUAAACAUCUCUGAAAAUGGUGACUUCACUUGGCUCCAUGUCAGUGGGAUCAGUGAACAGUGGAGAGGGCUUUAGUCAAAGUGGGGGUCUGGCUUUAGGCAGCAUAUCUGUCUCCCGUUCUCUCAGACUGUCACUCUAUCAUACUAGCUUAGUCUGACGUUCCCUCCCUUCCGUAAUUAUAGCUCCGUGUUUUGGGGACAUAUUUAAAGGGAUGCUGGCCAGCUAUAAACACAGGAUGCAGAAGGUCAGUCACAAAGACAGAGAAAGAGACCACCAUCUCACACAGAACCCAGACAACCAGACCCAGGGGAGAUAGGGGAGCAGCGGACUCACCAUUGCCCAGUCCAAGCACAAGGUGGCGAUGGAGACCUACUCUACAGCCAAACAGUCUGACCAGGAGGUUCCCAAGAAAGAAAGGACAGAUGGAGAGCCUGGUGAGAACAGGGAAGAAGAAGAGACAAUGGAAAAUGGAACAGCAGGUGAAGGCAAGCAGUGGUUUCCUAACCUUAACAUGGUGUCUGACUGUAAGCAGAUGGCCAGGGAGGCGUUGGACAGACUGAACGUCUGGGAGCCCAGUGUUUACUACACCCUGGGAAAAGAGUCCUUCUUCAUCGCUGGUCAUGAAAUCUGCAUCCGAGAGUCUCUGGACUCCUACGGUGCCCUCAUCUGGCCGGGGGCGGUAGCUCUAAGUCAGUUCCUGGCGAAUAACCGGCAGCAGGUGAAUCUCCUGGAUAAAGCAGUUCUGGAGAUCGGGGCAGGCACAGGCUUACUGUCUAUUGUGGCGAGUCUACUGGGAGCCUGGGUAACGGCCACCGACCUGCCCGAAAUCCUUCCCAACCUGACCUUUAACCUCUCUCGUAACUCCAAGAGCCGCUGCCGCUACACGCCCCAGGUGAGGGCCCUCACCUGGGGUCAAGACCUCGAGAGAGACUUCCCCUGCACUUCCUGUCGCUACGACUAUGUUCUGGCAGCCGAUGUGGUGUAUCACCACGACUACCUGGAGGAGCUGCUGGCGACCAUGCGCCACUUCUGCAGACCAGCAAGUGGCACCACGCUCCUGUGGGCCAAUAAGGUGAGGUUUCAGUCAGACCUGAGGUUCAAGAAGAGCUUUGAGAGUUGUUUUAGUACGACGCUGCUGACAGAGCUGAAGGAGGGGGACGUGAGGAUCUAUAAGGCCACUGCACGGGAGUGAGGGGGAGGAAAGGAGGGAGAGAGGAUAGACGUGGAGGGGAUAGUGAGAAAUGAAGGAGAAAGAGGGAUGGAGAGACCAGAGAGGAUAGGAGCUAGACUCAAGGAAAAGAGGUGAGAAAUAGAAAGAAGAGAUGGAGGUUGUUCUCCACCGUGGAUGAAACAGGAGCUCACUAGCUCACUACAGAGAACGGACUGCCUGGAGCCUAUUCUGUGGUGCUAAGUCAUCCUCGGGAUGGGUACAUUCACCUCAUCAGCAUAUUAGACAACAAAAGCUGAUUCUGUGUUUCAAUGACAUUCCUGUGAGCUACAUUAUAUUUACAAUGUGUCAUGCAGAAACUCCAUGUGACUUUUCAAAAAAACUGUGUUUUUUUUUCUUCAUAUAUUUGAUAGUGACAAAUGUUUUGUUAAUAAAUUUGCUUUGCAA